AUGGGAAAGGGGAAGGGAGACACCGACGAAAACGCAACGCGGAGAGAGGGAGACAGGCGGUGCGUGCGCAGCGAACAGAAAGGAGGGAGGAAAGGGGUGCAGAGUGGAAAACAAGGGCAGGAGGAGGGGGCGAACAACCGAGAGAAGCGACUAGAAGCAAGACGGACGGGACAGGAAGACGAAACGAUAACAAGCAGAAAGAGGGGGGCCCGAGGGCGGGGCAGCGAAACGAAACCCAGGGAGCCCGAGACACCGGGUAUAGGGAAAAGCGCAAUACACCAGCGGGAAGAACAGAUCGGGAGGUGGAAAGUAAGGAGAGAGCGGUAG